UCUCGCUGCGGCUGGGCGGCUAGUUCAAGUUGCCAUAGCUGCGUGUCCGGGGAGUGUUGAGUCAGUUCCACUUGGGGGUCGCUGGUAGCCGAGGGAGCCGGGUGGGGUCUUGGUGAUGAUCCGGCGUUAAGAACCUGGAGUCAUCUUCGGUCUCAGGUGGUUGGGGAAAGCAAAGUGUAGGGACAACAAGAAGAUCAUCUGCUUGACUAGACCUUUUGCCCUGAACCUCAUGAAGAAAUGAUAGGAGGCAGGCAUAGGUGCCUAAGAAGAGCACUCAGCCCAGAGGACAGCUUUGCGGUGUUUUGGGGGUAUGCUUUGAGUCCCACCAGAUGCAGGAGUCUGAACGACUCUCAUUGCUCACAGUAGUUGAAGUUAAUAGCAGAGACUUUGUGUGUACUAGUGAAGCUCAUGCUGAAAAGUGAUUCUAAGUUGUUGAAAGUAUGUGAUCCUAGUUGGGGUUUUGAAUACAUCAAUGGCAGAAUCAUCCAGUGAUUCAGAUCACUUCAGCUAUCGUGACAGAUUGAGUAGAUGGACAGCCAGGACAAUUCGCAGGGAAACCGGAAGUCAUCCUACAGUAGAUGUCACUGAGAAGGUCAACACUAUAACAAGUACUUUACAGGACACCAGUCGGAGCCUGCAACAAGUGGAUCAGAUGCUUGGGCGAUACCGAGAAUAUAGCAUUGGACAGGCGGGUGCUAUCGAACACUUAAAGGAAAGCUUGGAACAGUCAAUAAGCCAACUGAGGAGUCAGCGUUUGCUGAGAAACUCAGGAGGGAGAAGUGUUUCUUUCACCAGUCUGAGUGCAAGUGAUCUUGAUGCUGGCACUGUGGCAGAGAGCCUCCGCUUUCUACCCACCUCACCUCACAAGGACUAUGAGCCACAGGGGAUUAAGCGAAACCGGUCCAGAGCUGGUGUUCGGUUUAUUCGGGAGUCUGACGACAUGAUCCAGCUUCAUACUUUUCAUCAGUCCCUCCGAGACCUCAGCAGUGAACAAGUUCGCCUUGGAGAUGAUUUCAACAGGGAGCUUUCCAGAAGAAGCCGGUCAGAUGCUGAAACGAAAAGGGUUUUGGAAGAAUUGACUGAAAAGCUUGAAGCCCAGAAACAAGAUGGGGUUUCAGAUCGGGUGGAGCGGCGGCUUCAGGAAAUAGAGCGAGAGAUGCGCACAGAGAGAGAGCUGGUGGAGAGACGUCAGGAUCAAUUGGGGCUCAUGUCCUUGAAGCUUCAGGAGGCACUGAAGAAGCAAGAAGCUAAAGUGGAAGAGAAUGAGAGUGUAAUGAAAACCAAGCUGCGGCAAACGGAGACCCAGAAGAGCCAGCUUGAACAGGAAUUGGAGCUCUCUUGCAGGCUACUGAACCAAUCUGAGGGCAGCAGAGAAACACUUUUGCAUCAGGUAGAAGAACUACGUACACAGCUUGCCAAAGCAGAAGGUGAUCGGAAGGGUUUACAGCAUCAAGUGCCUUAUAUUUCCCAGCAGCAGUCAAGCCAUCAGGAUGAUCAAGGAGAUGACUGGAGGUUUAGAAGAGGGGUAGAGCUGGAAAAACAGGAUCUGGAGAAGCAGAUGUCAGAUCUGAGAGUGCAGCUCAACUUCAACACCCUGGCAUCUGAGCUCCAGGAAGUGAAGUGGUGCAUGGAGCGGAAAGACAAAGAGAAGGCGGGUUUGGUAGCACAGAUAGAGACUCUAACACAUGAAUUGGAGAACAGGGAAAAACAACAACUGCAAAUGUUGGAUCAACUUAAGGAGAUCCAGAAGCACUUUGAGACCUGCGAGGCUGAUCAUAAGCACGCCGACCUCCAGAUCACAGAGCUAACUAACCAUGCAGAGGAUGCAACUAAGCAGGCAGAGUACUAUCUCCAUGAGUUCCGGAAGUCAGAGGCCCUGAGAGAGGAGACAGAGAAGAGGAGAGAAGACCUGAAAACGAAAGCUCAGGAAUGCAUUCGACAGUGGAAGCUCAAGCACAGAAAGCUGGAGCGAGGGUUGGAGAAACAAACUGAAACUCUUGAGCAGCUGACAGACAAGAAUAAUCAGAUUCUUAAAGAAAAGGAUGAAUUGAAAAGUCAGCUCUAUGCAGCAUUACAACAGAUAGAGAAUCUUAGAAAGGAACUGAAUGAUGUCUUAACCAAGCGUGCCUUGCAAGAGGAGGAGCUUCACUGUACGGAGAAGAAACUAAGUGAAGUUCAGUCUCAUCAAGCUGACCUUGAACUGGAGGUCAGGAAUUCCCUGGACACCAUUCAGAGACUGGAAAGUGAAUUGAAAAGGCAGAGUAAGCUUCAAAGCCAGACAAAAGCUGAGAAAAUUCACCUGGAGGAAGAAAUUACAGAGCUAAAGAAGAGCCAGGCCCAGGACAAAGCUAAACUUCUCGAGAUGCAAGAGUCCAUCAAGGACUUGAGUGCCAUUCGAGCAGAUCUUGCUAAUAAGUUGGCUGAAGAAGAGAGAGCCAAGAAAGCUGUGCUUAAGGACCUUUCUGAACUUAAAGCCCAGACAAAAUCCAGAGAGGAAGAAACAGCUACCGUCAUCACACAGUUAAAGUUGGAACGAGAUGUUCACCAGAGGGAGCUGAAAGAUCUCACGUCGUCACUGCAGUGUGUGAAAACGAAGCAUGAACAGAACAUCCAGGAGCUGAUGAAGCACUUUGAGAAGGAAAAGAGUGAAGCCGAGGACCAUAUUAGGACGCUGGAGGCUGAAAGCUUGGAAGAUAAGAAUAUGGCCAAAGCCCAUUGCUGUCAGUUAGAGAAGCUGAAGUCCCAAUGUGAGAGACUAAUGGAGGAUUUGACCCAGAAUGAAAAUGAGAACAAAAAGCUGAAGCUAAAGUACCAGUGUCUGAAGGACCAGCUAGAAGAGAAGGAAAAACAUAUAAGUAAUGAAGAAAAGCACUUAAGGAGGAUGGAAGAGGCCAGGUUGCAGCUCAAGGAUCAGCUUCUUUGUUUGGAGACUGAACAGGAAUCCAUUCUUGGUGUAAUAGGAAAGGAAAUUGAUGCAGCUUGUAAAACUUUCUCCAGAGACUCCAUGGAGAAAUUCAAAUUUUUUUCCUCUGGUCCUGAAAUACAUUAUGAUCCACAUCGCUGGUUAGCUGAAAGCAAGACAAAACUUCAGUGGCUCUGUGAGGAACUGAAAGAGAGAGAAAACAGAGAGAAAACUCUGCGGCGGCAGCUGGUGCUCUGCAAACAGCAGCUCAGGGAUGUGACUGAGCACAAGGAGUCUGAGCUGCAGUGUCUGUUUGAACAGAUCGAGAGGCAGGAGCAGCUUCUGGAGGAAAUCCACCAGGAGAAGAGAGGUCUACUAGAAGAGACCCAAAGAAAAGAUGAAGAAAUGGAAACUCUACAGGACCGUGUAAAUGCAUUAGAAACGAGUACCCGAGUGGCCUUGGACCAUCUGGAAUCUGUGCCUGAGAAACUGAACCUACUAGAGGAUUUCAAAGACUUCAGAGAUUCCUGCAGUUCAUCUGAGAAAACUGAUGGCAGAUAUUCCAAAUACAGACUUCACAGAGAGUCUCAUCAACAGCGUCGAGAUGACACCAAGUACAGGAUCAAAACCUUUAAAGAUGACAGGCCCUUUUCUGAAGGUUCCCAUGCUCAUCAUGGCUUAGAUCACUCAGCGUCUUGGCAGGAACAUGGUCACUUCCUGUCUAGUCCACGAUUUUCACACUUUAACUCCUUGCCAGCAUUUACCAACACCAAAAGAACUAUUGCCCCAGAUUCAGCUUCAGUCAAGGAAGAUGCCACAGGCUUACCAGAGAAUGGAACAAAUCUACAAUCCAAGAAGGAGGAAUAUGAGAGCAAAAAAAGCAAAAUGUAAUUAGUGACUUUACUUAUAUUUAAAAAAUAAUAGCCUAACUAUCUUUGCUGCCAUCUGGCCCAGAUUAUCUAAAGACAUACCUGUGGCUUUGGCUCUUUGGAACCACCAAGCAUUGACUAACUUGACAGUAAGUUAGUCUUUGUGAGUGAUAUAAGUUUAACCAAUACAAGUAAUAUCAACUUAGGAAUGACAAGCAGCUCACUUAAAGACAACUUAUACCAACAUAGAAAGUGAUAUUUUUCCCUUCGUAUUUUCCCUUUUUUAAGUGUAGCAAGUCACAAUUUCCCAACCCUAACAUGAAUUUAUAAUUGAUGCCUUUCAAAAAUGACUGGCUAAAAGGAGGGAAAGAGAGUUCCCUAGAGGCAAAAGUUUCCAGCACUUUAUAUUCAGGGAGCAUUUAUAUACAAUUGAUCUUUAAAUUAUUUCUCCCUAAUCAUUUCUCAUGUAUUAUAACAUGUCAUGGAGAUAUGCCUAUGUAAUAUUAGACUGCUUUAUACCUGCUUAGCAUUGUUAUCUUAGCAGUCUAUUACUACAUGUAGUAUCUUAAAACUGUUUUCAAUCAUUUCUUUUUAAUAACAAAAGAAUUUAUAAAUGAUAUCUGAAUCCUGGAGUACUGUAAAGAAUUCAGAGCACCAUUUGAAUAUUUAUUUGUCUUCCUAUAGCCAAAGUCCCACUGUGAUCACUCCAGUCAUAGCUUGGGCGAUCUUUGGUUUACUCUGACCAAAAUCCCAGCCCAAAACUCCAGUGUCAGUGGAGUUUACAAGAGUUCUGUGUACUUUGAUACUAACUGCUUUUUAUAUCCCAGUUUUUUCAACAUCAGAGUUGUGUUUUUAAAACCUUAUCACCUGUAUAUACUCAUCUACCAGUGGAGAAAACUUUAUAUUAAAAUUCUAAAUGGUCAUCAUCUAGGAAAUGAAUUCUACUAGGCCAAUGUAGAAAGAUUCUGCACUGAGAUAAGAACAAUAAAGCAAUUCCAUUGUAAUGUGUAUUA